UGCGUUCUUGUUGUCCUCCUUAAUAGUGAUAAUAGUAAUAUGAAAAUGGUUAUGUUUGAGUAUUCUGAAAUGUAAUAAGCAGGCUAUGAAACCUCUUGUAUUUAUCUUUGGGACACUAAAUUACAGUAUUGUUUUCAGAGUUUUGUGUUACACAGGAGUGGGCUGAGCUCGAGGGUAUUUGGACAUUUUUCAUGUGUUUGUUAAGCUCAAGAGCCCAGACAACACAAGAUUAAACCGAGGACAUGACAUGUUUUUAUGUGCUGAGUGGAAACUCUCCAAAAGCAAUCAUGCCUCUUCCCUAUCUCUUAACAAUAGAAAGGCCAAGCAGCAUUUAAAGUUUUAUUCAGGGUGGAUUAACAAUAACAGUAACACUUUACAAUACAAUGCAACACCGAAAACCAGCAUGAGCCACAGGCUUAAAAACGACCAUGAAAUAAGUCACCUAUCUGACACAGUCUCAACAAAGCUGAGCAUUAUAAGCAUUAUAACCACUUAUUGCAGGCCUAUUAGACACGAUUGCUUUAUAUUGCAAGGCCAAAAUCAUAGGAUUUUGCCUCUGUAGCAACUUUAAAAAUACCACCUCGUCACUACAAAACUAUCCCUACUAGAUGCACUUUCUGCAAAUAUUUCAAAUAAACAUUGGUGUGUCCUCUAAACUCCUCUAAAUUCUGUAUGUAUUCCAGCUUUCAGUCAAAAAGAGGAAUGGCUUCAUUUUCCUUAAAUUUACCAGAAGUGAAGUAAUACAGUACACAAGGGAAUAUGCUCAAAUGAAUUGGGAUUCAUUCUCAUCACAAUUAUCUCACCAUGUGCAGUGAUGACACUUCAAAAUCAACGAUAAAUGGAAAAACAAAAAUAUUCCCAUAUGAGCAAGACCAAAUGCAAGACCUAAUGGAAAUUAGGGGUCCGUGUGUGAAUCUGCUUUGGAAACUGCCAUCUGUCGCCAUGAAAAAAGUGAGUUUCUUGUUGGAUUAAUUCAUGUGUAAUUAUAAUUAUUAAUCAAUCAUGACACUGAUGCCUAUAUGUUUAAACAUAGUCCACCACUACUUAUUGGUCUGCAUGUGUUUGACUUCAUGAAUCCGGCGUUUUCUGUGCGACACUGACCUCUACUGGAGAAAAGAUGCAAAAGCACAACGAAAAUAUAGGUGGCGGAAUAAUGGAAUACCUGAUGUCUCGCUCCUGUGAGGUCAGGAAUGGUCCAGACUUGUCAGAGCUUUCUAGAAGGGAAAGCACAGGUGUUAUAUCUGGCAGCGGCAGCCCGCAGCAGGCCGCUCAUAUCUCAAACCAGAACAGCAGCAGCAGCAGGAGAAGAAACACUAAGCAGCGUGUAAACCUCAACAUGACGGAAACAGAGAAAACUGGCCCGGACACCAAGGGUAAACCCAUGGCCUUCCGGUCUCAAAAGGAGAUGUUUGAGAAGAUGGAGGAAUCUUUUAAGAUCUGUGCACGUUGUGAGAAGCGGCCCAAUCAACUUUCAAACCCACAAAGCCUGAAGCGUUGUUCCAGAUGUCUAAAUGUUUAUUACUGCUGUAAAGAGUGUCAGAAGGACGACUGGCCCAAACAUAAGAAGUUCUGCUCAGUUCUGCGUCAAGCUGCCAUUGACAGAGUUGUAGAAUGGCUUGUGUACAAAGGAGUUCUUCCGUUCCCUACAGACAAAUGGUCAAAGCCCCAGUCAGAGGUUAAGGGCUGGGAUGACUGGCUCGCCAUGCAGGGAGAUCUCACAGCUUGCCUUGAUCCCAUUUUGACCGGAGCAACCAUGAAAGACUUGUGGACCAACGCCGGCAGGCCUCGACCCGUAGAUGAGGACCUGAAGCAGUCACUGUGGAGGGUUUGCAGUGAGUUUUUCUCAAGGCCGCUGACCAUAGCCUGGGGCAUGAGGCUGUUUGGCCUUAAACCUUAUUCCAAACCUCUCACUAUUCACCUGGUGGGAGCAGGACACAGUGAGACACUGGCAGCCAGACUGACUGACUACGAUGAGCUGAACAAGAUGUUUCCUGGACACCAAGGCAUAGAGGUAGUCAUGGUGGGACCAGAGGUGAUGGACGGCCCCAUCAUGAGGCCUCCACUCAGGGCGUUUGGCCCCAGGCAGAGGGUCUUCAUCAGUGCCUAUAAGGGUCUCUACCACCAGUUCUGGGAGGAGCUGGUGGAGAAAGAGGAAGCAGCCAAGCCGGACCUGGUGGUCGGAUUUAAUCCUGGGUUUGAUGCCAGUCAGGGUCUGGACCAGGGUUGGCUUCCAACACUUCUGCUUCUUAGGGAUUAUGAGAUUCCUUCUCUUUUCACUGCUCUCAGUGAGACAGAGAUGACCUACUCCCUACAGAUCCUGUUGGAGCUGGAGAUGGAUAUGAAGGGAAGUGGAGCCAACCCUUUUGCAUCAUUGAAACCAGAAGCGGCGGGUUCGGAUCCUAACAAGCCUCCCGUCUAUUGCAACUCCCACUACUUCUCUUUUCAGGGUCUACUGGAGACUGUGGAGUUCGAGGAACCAGAUGAGGCCUGAAGGAGCUAAGUGCUGCGGUGCGAAAACACACCUGACCGAAACUCAGAUUUUUCUAUGAAGCAUUGUUUUUUUUUUUUAAGUCUCUAUAAGCUAUUUCAUACAUUCUAAUCAUGUAUUACAGCUAAGUAGUGUUGUAAAGGUUAGCACCAUUUUACUUUGAUAGCAUCUAUGAGUGUUUGCUAUGACAUUUGCAUUCACUAUCUCACUUCCAUGGCAGUCAACUGACAGAAUUGUGUGAUUUGAAUUUCAUGUAUCUGAGCUAUUGUUGUAUUGGCAGAGAUACAACAAAACUUUGUAUUCACAGUCAAAUGUCAACUGGUGUUGUAAGUCUACAAUACGAAUUAUCCAAAUAUUUAAUGUGAGAGAGACUGCAUUGUCCACUCUGAUCAUACCACUGACUCAAACCCACUUUCAUACAUCAUACACUUCUAAUCAUUUGUGACUAGAAGAAAUGAUACCCCAAAGUAAAAUGGUACAUUUUCAUCAUGAGGCUUGAGAAUUAAGUAUGAAAUUUAUUUGCAAUUAACAAUAUGACAUCACCAAAACAAGCUUUUUUUCAGCAUAUUGUCACCUGCUGAUAUGAACACUUGCAUACUGCAAUGCAGGAUUUAAUGCUAUUUUUUAA